UGGAAGGAGCAGAUCAAGAUUCUAGUGAAGCCCCUAACGGCCAAUCAAAUGAAAAAAUUAAGUUGCAAAAGGCGGUGUGGAAGGAAACAAAGACAUCAUGAUUCUAUUAAGAGUUGUUUUUGUGAUGAAUUUUGUAAAAGCUUUGGUGAUUGCUGUUUUGACUUUGAUGAAUUGUGAGUAUUUGUUUCCCACGCAUUUCAAGAUCAAAUAUAUCUUAUACCAAUGUUUUUAAUCUUUCCGCAUAUCUUCAAAUGAUAACCACUGUAAGAUAAUUCCAGGUAAGACUUUCUUUUCCCACGACUCGCUAGCUAUCUUAGGCUAUCUUUUGACACUAUAAUAACAUUUCAGCUUGGUCCUAAUUUUCUGAUGUUCAAGCCUCUGCCUUGACGCGGAGUUCGCGAUUUUGACAGUGUCUUCUACGAGUCGAUUCAUUCCACUUUUUAUAGUCCCUGUGACCCAUGUGGUUGGUCCUGUGGUUGAUCCCGGGUUUAAUCCUCAGGCAAGAGAUUAUAAACUGUUUAUAAUCUCUUGUCUUCAGGCAAUUACUUGCACUAUAGAGGUCAUGCUUAGGUCGUCUAAUGACCUUGUCUUGGAAUUUUCCCAAAGCUUUUGGUUUUGGCUCUCGUCUUCGAAGCUUGACUGGUUAAUUUGAAACAUUAAGUACCCUGGGUUCGUUCGCGAGAACAUCGUAAAAGGACUUCGGUUAGUGUUCCUAUGGGAGUUCCCUAAUCUUCUGACGUCAGUCACCACGCAUAAGCAAUCAUGGCUUACUCGUCGAGCAUAUGAAAGAGUCCACUAUACAUCACAGAUUUUAUAUAGAAAGGGGACUCAGUAAUUACAAGAUAUUAGCGUUCCUGAAAAUGUACCAAAAGUGUAGCAGUGAAGGCAAAUUUGUUUAGCCAAAGACACAAAGGAAAAAGAAGAAUUCAAAAGUAGAGUUUAGAUUCUUCGUAAUGCCUUACACGAAACCUGGUUUGAACUAGCAGCUCUUACACUCUCCCACUUCGCUUUGCCCCGUUAUACCAUUUUAGGAGCCUAUGUACCAAAUAUCAUUGAUGACUUUUUUUUUCCUUUUUCGUUUCGGAAAGGUGCACAAUACCUCAAGUAUCUAUGGGAACAUGUGUCAGAGAAUAUGACCAUCGGUUCCCAAAAAGGCUGAUUGGUCGCGCAGUCUGGAGCUUUUGCCCGAAGAACUUUACAGAUGAGAGUACGAAGCAAAAAUGUCAAGGCGACGAUGAAGAUGAGAAUGGUUUGAACCCUGUGCCUGUGUAUGACAAAUACAGUAACGUGACAUACAAAAAUAUUUUCUGCGCCAGGUGCAAUGAAGCAUUGCACACAGCAUUCUGGGAAGUUAGUUUCUGGUGUCCUAAGUGGUUCGAUGUUUCCAACCUCAGUCAAAGCAGAGACUUCAAACUUUUGCAAGAUCGAUGUUAUCUUCAGAAAAGGCCAGUUGAUGAUUCCUUGAAAAGAUGCAUCCCGUGGCCUCGGCCUUCGAUCAAAAGUGAUCCUACAAAGGGUAAUACCCUUUGCAAGGCGGAAUGUCUUGGUUACGCUAUCUUGGUAUACUCCAGGAGUAAAUUGAAAACGUUUCGUAACCCUCAGUGUGCCUUUUGCUAUGGCAUUGAGCUCGUGGAUUUAAAAAUUUCCGUGCAAGAUGACAACCUUGAUCCGCCUUCAAUAAUAAAACCCCCUGAAUUGACGAUUCUGUUUGAAUUUAUCUCCACAUCUAAGAAUUCUAUCAAAGUAGUAGACCAACCGAAAAGAUCAGAAGAUCGUCCCACCACCUAUGUUCACGAUGAAGCCUAUGGAAAUGUUUCAAAAAAUUUCAAUAAAACCAGAGAAAUUUUAAGAAAAAAUAAAUUUCUUCAGCAUCUCAGCUUUAUUGGGUCAGUGGUGUCCAUCGUUUCGCUGGUUUUACUGUUAGUGACUUACGUCUUAUUUGCUGAGCUCCGUAACUUACCUGGGAAAAUUAUGUUAAAUUUGACGAUCUCUCUGUUGCUGUAUGAAAGUGUAUUCCUCUCAGCUGGCAAAAAGGACCAUCAGUUGGUCUGUCUUGUAGUCGCAGUUCUUUUUCACCUCUUCGCCCUCUCUUCCUUUACGUGGAUGAACGUUAUGGCAUAUGAUGUGCAUCGCACUUUCACAGAAGUCUCGGGUAAGUUGACAUUUUUAAUUAGUGAUUUAGGAUCGUUAUGAAUCUAGAACUUUGUUUAGAUAUUCUGUCUAAAUCUUAGAAAUCUCUUCGUUACAGAAAUGCAUCUCUGAUAUACACGAUUCAUGAAAAGGGUAGCGACUGUUGAUUGUGGUGAAUCUAAUUGUAAUGAAGAGUAAAUUUUUUUAUCACAAUUUAGUAAAUUCUAGUGUUGAUCACAAUCUCGACUGCAUACUGCUUUAUUCAUGAUUCAGUUUAUCUGAUUUAAGGACUUGUGGAGGCACUUCGCACAGAAUCCAUGUCAACAAAAAUACUUCAGAGAACUAUCACUUAAGAUUUUGUAAACUUUAGUCACUCAUUAUUAUUCCAAUUAGGUCCGGCGGCAAACCGACGAGAGGACCUCAAAAUACGUUUGAUGUGUUAUUCCCUGUACGCCUGGGGAGGCCCUGCUAUUGUAGUCCUUUCCUGUGUUACAGUUGACCAGCUUAAGGAAGGAGCGAUAGGAUACGGUUAGUAUCUAUCAUAAAACGGUGUGUUAAGUGCUUGUCAUUGAACCACGAGAAAAACAUAGUUCACUUUCAGCGAUGUUGAUAUGGCAAAAUACCUCAACUAAUUCCAUAUGUUGCUGACUAAACAGGCCUUGGAAAAGAGAACUGUUUCAUAUCAGAAAAAAAAGUAAAGAUCUUCUCAUUCAUUUUGCCUGUUGGACUGAUUCUGAUUUUCAACCUCUUUGCUCUGGGACACACAAGCUUUCAUAUCGUCAGAACUCGAAAGGUGGGUACAAUAUCUCGAUGCUUUUUUUAAACUAAGGACAUCAAAAUUCCACUGUCGCAGUGUCUGUCUCCGCGCUUUGCCUCGUUACCUAUUGCUCCGAACGGCUUGCAUGACCAACAGAACGCCGAAAACAAAUCUGAACUUUAAAAGCAGGUUUAUUCACAUUUUGAUCAUUUUAGAGGGCCAGACAAGUGACUAAGCAACAACAAAGCUCUAACGUGGCUUUGAUCUGUGUUAAAAUGGCCUCAGUGAUGGGUGUGACAUGGAUUCUUGGGAUUGCUGCGAACCUACAGGCUCUUUCAUUGCUGUGGUACCCGUACGUUGUUCUAAACAGCCUUCAAGGUAAGUGCCCUUUAGGGUAACAAAGCUGGUUCGGGUUGGAGAAAGAAUGGAACCCUUCUCGAUUGGAAUCACCAGAAAUAAGUAUUCCGAUGUGUUAGCUGAUCUUAACUUGGGGAAACAAAUUCUCAUUGCGAUAAUUUUUGGUUGAUCAUAUUAAAUAGUUCCUAUGGCAAUGAUAGUAAAAUCUGUCUCGAUUGAUGUAACGAAGCGAUUACUUACUCCUAGAUAAGAGUAUGCAAUAUAUUCAGAUUUUCUUGUAUUUCGCAGUGUUUUCCAUCGAAUGAUUACGAUAUAGCCUUUUUCCUUGGCUACGUUAUUUAACAUGAUUUGAUUGGCACCAGAACUCUAUGGGGAUGAAUUGCUAAACAUGACGUCUUUUCAAGAGAUUCUACUUUUAACAGUUGAAUUAUAUGCCUUUCUCCAAGGUUUCUUCAUCUUCCUGUCCUUUGCCACAACUGGGAAGGCGUUGGAGUUGUACCAAAGCAAUUUUUUCAAAAUCCUUAGGAAACAAGCACCACAGAAC